ACUUCCGCUGUCCCGCGGAGGGCGGGGGGAGCGAACUGUUGUGGUGCGGCGCGUUCGGCUGGCGGCGGCCAGGCGGCCCAGGGGCUGCCGCGGGACUCGGGGAGCAGCCCAGUGGCUGCAGGGGUGGAGUGGGCCGGACGAGCCGCGGGGCCCGGGCGCCGCGGGUUCGAGGCCGGGCCCCGCGCGAGGAGGCCGCGCCACCCCGGGGGAGCUGCCCGGCAGCGAGUUUGCCCCGCAGCCGAAAGAAGGCGGGAGCCGGCGGGGGCCUUCGAAACCCCCUGGCAACGUGGGCCCGGAGUCCUUGGGGAGCGGCUGCUUCCCGGGACGCUCUCCCGGACGCCCCUGCGGCAGGGUUACGGUUCUGGGCCCCCGGCAGAAGGCGCCUCCGGGUGACCCCCGGCGGGGCCCUGCGAGCCGUGGGAGCCGACCCCGGGGCCUCGAGCGGGGAGGAAGGGGGCUUCCGGAGGCGGAGGGCCGGGGGCCGAGGGAGCCGGGCCUCUCGGUCGCGGGGCAGCGCAGCGCCCGGGCUGGAGACGGACUCUGGGACCCUCGGGUGCGGGGGUCUCAGCGACCUGCCCCGCGGCGAGCGCGGCUGCGGAGUGGCCUACCGGGGACCCUCCCCCAGAGGAACCGGCCCGGGGCAGGGAGAUGAACGGCUUCAGCACGGAGGAGGACAGCCGCGAAGGGCCCCCCGCCGCCCCCGCCGCCGCCCCGGGCUACGGCCAGAGCUGCUGCCUCAUCGAGGACGGCGAGCGCUGCGUCCGGCCCGCGGGCAACGCCUCCUUCAGCAAGAGGGUCCAGAAGAGCAUCUCGCAGAAGAAACUCAAGCUGGACAUCGACAAGAGCGUAAGACACCUGUAUAUCUGUGAUUUUCACAAAAAUUUCAUCCAGAGUGUCCGAAAUAAAAGGAAGAGGAAGACAAGUGAUGAUGGUGGAGAUUCUCCCGAGCACGACACUGACAUUCCUGAGGUCGAUCUGUUCCAGCUGCAGGUGAAUACCCUACGACGUUAUAAACGACACUACAAGUUGCAGACCAGACCGGGCUUCAAUAAGGCCCAGUUAGCAGAAACUGUGAGUCGACACUUCAGGAACAUACCUGUGAAUGAAAAAGAGACCCUUGCCUACUUCAUCUACAUGGUGAAGAGUAACAAGAGUAGACUGGACCAGAAAUCGGAGGGAGGCAAGCAGCUUGAGUGAGGAUGAAGCACAUCUUAAAGGAAUGAAGUGUAAUGCUUGAUGCACAGGUGAUAAUCUGCUACAUUUAAGCCCAUAAAGACUGUUAAAUAUUAUUGUAAAUAAAAAAGUUUGAAUGAUGGAUACUGUAAAUCUUUUUGGUCAGGAGGAUUAUAUUCUCAUGAUUUAGCAUGUGUAUAGAAAGACUGUCUUUUAAAAUAACUGGACUAAGAAAACAGGAUCAUUAAAAGAAUUAAAAACUAUGUUAUUUCAGCAUUCAGCAAAGCAUUAAGUCAAUUCUACUGGAAAUGUCUUUGGUAAUCACCUUAUCCACCAGGCUGCCACGUGUGAGCUGUAGCUUGGAAUAGCAGCAAAGUGCAAUUGACAGUGGAAGUGCAUGAGCAGACAGAAGUCUGGACUUGCAUGCUGCCCGCUGGCGUUAGAGCUAUCCCGCCAGCUUCGUUGCAAGCUUUGUCGUUUAUCAGCAGAUCAGCUUGACACUGGUCCCCCUCUCACCCUGUGCCUUGUACACAGGCACUCAAUCAGUAUGUAUUGGCUAAUUGAGCUGUCACUAACAGUGCCAGCCUUGUAACGUCUGCUUCACACCUCAUUGCUGAGACCUCUGCCAUUUCUGUUGCUCACCACCUCACUGCUAGAACGUGGAGGAAACCCUGAUGCACCGACAGGGAUUUCAGGACAGUUGCAUGUGCAAAACUGUAUUUGUUGAGGUUCCAGAAACAGUGAUGUAGAGACCCUCACAGAAGAUGUGGUCCCUUAUGUACCCCACUGUGCUUCACUCUUUGGGGUACAGUUGGAUAUUAGGACUUCAGCCAAGCAAUAAAUGCAUUGACACACUGACAUUUAGUGGUUUUUGGCAAGUGUUUUCAGAAGUAUUCAUCCUAAGUUCACAACCACCAUGCAAGCUGCCAGGGGCCAUGUGAUUCCCGCCCGAAAGUCCAGCUUAGGAUUGAAAGUCUGGCUGGCCUUGACUCCCUGGGCUCUGGUCAUCAGCAAAUCAUGAGUUUGGGCAACAAAGGUCAAUUCCAUCUGAUGCUCAUUUUUGUGAACAAUUUGCCUCCAUCCCUCUUAGGGAGAAAGAUUGCUAAAAUAAUUUUUGGAAAUACCUAAUUUGUUGUUCAAAAAGUUGAACUGCUCAAGCUGAUUAUAUCAGAGCCAAAGUAUCCUGUGAAAACAAAGCUUUAUAUCCAAAAACAUGUUUUUGCAAAAUUCUCUAAAUCAGUGUAAAGGAGGACAAGAGGGUGUGAGGUAGGAGGGUGGGAGAAAGAGAAGAAAAGGAUUUAGAUUCCAAUUUAUGACCGUCUUGACAUAUGGUCAAAGGUGUCAUUUUCCUAGUCAGUUUCAAUUCUGAGUUAUUUCUUAAGCCUUAAAUAAUAAAAAGAACAAUGGACACCCUGGCCUGGCAGAGAGUUUCACAGAUGGCUUAAUCUGAGCACCACCUCAGUCAGAACUAAACCCCUUACUGAGCACGGUGGCAGAGUGUCCAAAGGUCUCAGUUCUGUGUAGCAGAGUACCAUGCUUUCUGUGGAAUAGGGACAGGGUCACCACUCCCACCAAAAUGCAGCAUAUUCCAUUGCAGCAAAGCUUUUGUGUUCAAAAUGCAUGUCAAGCAGAUUGCAGCCUUUUAAAUUAAAUAUGUAUAAAUGAGUGUAUAUAGAAUAUGCUCUGGACUGGAGAGGAUCCUAUUUUGGUGUGCCUCCUGGCUGUGGAUGGCAUGUUCCAGUGCUCUGUGAGUGUUUUCAGUCAUUCAUAUUCACUGUGUGCUUGGAGAUUCUCUCCCCACUUACAGCUGAAGGAUGUUGAUACAGGUAUCAAGAAGACUCCAGGGGCUAGAGUUGAGGGGCACAUGGGGCCUGCAGGUUAAGGCGUCAUUAACUUGCUUCAUGGAAGUGUCCAUGUCUUAAUGAGUAAAAAAGUGUAUUUUUCUGAUAUGUAAACCAGAAUUGUGAGCAUGUAGGUCACAUCCCUAUUUCUUUAGCAGCAAAUCUGUUUUCCCAGUUGAGAGAGACAAUAGCUUCUGCACAAGAAUAUGUGGUGGUAGGAUCCAUCUGUUCAAGCAUGUCUGAAAGAAUCUUUGUUCCAAAUCUAAACCUGGGGAAAUAUUUCACCUUCAGCCAGAUGCCGUGUUGUUGUCUUUCCUCUAAGGAGAGGUGCUUGUGGAAAGUGGAGGUUGUGGUCAUCCUUUCAACCUUUUAAAACACUUCAGGUAAGAGAAAAGACAAAAUUAUUUGAACCUAUGUUUUUCUUACGUGCAGAAAUCUGUUCUUUCAUCAAACCACUAAACCACCUGCCUUAGCCUCUUCUGCAGUUUCUGGUGGCUUUAUCUUUGGGCAAAGGACUCCUGCCUGUGAGAAGUGGCCAGGCCCUCCAGAGCAACGAGGUCUGGCUUCAGGGAGCAGUGGGGUGUGGGGAAAGCAGUGCUCAUCUUGGCUGCUGCAUUUUUACACCACCCAUCAAGGACUCGAGCUUCUCUCCACCUGUGACGUAGCAACAUUGCCUUCUUUCCUGUUGGUGCUCCUGGGCAAAACUGGAAUUUGAAAUCCAGAACUGGCAUUGUCUUCUUAAAGAGUAUGGUUCCUGCCUCAGUUCCAGCCUGGUGUGGGUCUUUGAUAUGCCCUCAGGGUUCUCACAUGGAACCAUCAAUAGCCUACCGUUCAUGUCGUUUUAAGAUUUUUAAAAACCAAUGGACAAACUUCUUACUUCAAGGAACAGGUUGGCAAUAGCAUGUAAAAAAGAUCAUAGCUGAAUCUCAUAAAAGAUUGAAAACCAAAGGAUUCAAGACCAGUGUUGUAAAAUGAAGAGAAAUAUUACUACGUGUGUGUUACAGCUGCCAAGUCGUUAGAUGUUCCUGUCAUAGCUAAAUAGUCACUGCUAGCCUUUCAGAGAACAGAUAGUAACAGUUGUUUGCAGCUGCAGUGUUGCAUCUAAUUUUGGUGUUUUGGCUCUUUAUUUUGUGGGAGUUUUUUUGUUAGUAUCCUGCAGGGCAGUUGCCUGGUGGAAGGGAAGGGGUGGGAGAAGGAACUUACUCUGGAGGCCUUGCCUAUUGAGGGAGGCUAUACCUGGUGUAGAUCCCAGAGCAGUGCUUCAUGGAAGUCAUCCAAAGGCACUGUCCAUCGUUACAAUGACAAAAUCUCAAAAGUUGAGAAAGAGCUGUUAAAUCACCCAAUCUAGGCUCCACGUAGGUGCUGACAUUCUGCCUACAGCUGCCCCACCAAGGAGUUGAGCAGUCUGGACUUAAACACCUCCGAAGACAGAGAACCCACUACCUCCCGGAGAAGCCUGUGCUUUGUAAACCUCUGGCUUUCUAUGUUCUCCGUAAUUUCCAUCUUAGUCUCUGCCCCAUGGGGGCCACCUGGGACAAGUCAUUUUUGGCAAAGCACCUAAUUGCUGGCACUGUUCCAGGGCAUAGCGUUUGCCUUUUGGAAAUAAGCAGUGCUAGGACAUGGACACUUUGGUGUCCUGUCCUUACCCCUGAGUAUCAGUCCACUCAGUUGCUUGUUGGAGAAUACUGAGAAAACCUUACUGGCUGGCUUAUGCUCACUUGUUCUUGCCAGAGCAGUGCGGGGACGAGAGGGGGAUGAGAUGUUAGCAGCCUGCUAAAACUCAAGACAGAUGAAGACUCAGUUCUGUACCUGCCCCACACAAACGGAUGCUCACAGCAUCAGGAAAAAGUUCAGCUGGAAGAUUUAUAACUUUAUUGCUUUCCACGAAGUUGAAAGUUCUCAUGGUUGCCCAGGGCUUGUACCUUAGACUCCUGUACGGACUUCACACACUGUUUUUACUGGGAAAACAAAGUCUCCGUGUCAGAAAAGUGCUAUUAUUUUCAAGGUGGAAAGACCUUUAAGCUUGCUGUUGUCCAGUCAUCCAUUUUUAGAGAUGGGAAACUAAAACUCCAAAAGAUGUGCCUGAGGUCAUAUGGCAUUACCAGAACAAACCUUGAGCCCUCUUGACCUGUCUAGCAUUCUUUCUGACUUACAGGAUGACUCUAAUUCACUCUAAAUCAGCUGCCCUCAGAUUCCUGAGAACUUAUAAUUGAGCAGAAAUUCCCAAGGCCAACCUGGCUCUCAGGGACUAACCUGCAGAAAGAUUGAGUGGAAUGAUCCGGCCAGUUAGGUUUAACAAAAUGAGUGGUUAGGGAAAAUAGAUCUAGCCUGUAAUUUAAAACCAGGGUUCAAAAGCUCUACUGGGAAAUGUAGUAUUGCCCUGGCAUUUAAAUCGUCAUGAAAUGGGCUUGAUCUGUGAUCUCUUGGUCAGAUCUGCCUUCCAGAUGAUCCUCUGAGGUUGUAUAAUGCAGCUGGCCCUAGCUCCUGGUCCCCGUUACUGAGCUGGACCAUCAAACUGAAGGUCAGAUGAGCUCAAGAGCAUGCCUUGGGAAGCAUGGUGCUUUAGGGGUGCCUUUUUAUUCCUUUCAUUGUAUUAUAGACUGUUUCCAAGUUUAUGGUUAAGAAUGGUAAAUUGGGUUUGGUGAUUUGAGGUAGAAUCCAGCCUGGGGCAAGAUAUGAACUUUUCUUGAGGUAGAAAUGUCUACAGUCAAUUGUUUUACCUAGCUUGCAUCUUAAACACAAACCCAUCAGUUGCUUUCACUUAAUGAACACAUUUGCCAAUGAUAGAGGGUUGUACAGGAUCCCUCUUUUACAUUUCUAUUGUCUGCUGUGCUCAUCAGAGUAUAUUUUGGGGUAUGAGGUUUUGGGGUUUUUUUUCCCCCUCCAUUUUGUAACUGCCUUAUUGAAAAGUAAGUGCCCUUCCAUUCCAGGCCUCCUCAUAUUAUACUUGUUUUCUGCCAAAUCUGGGGGAUCAUUUGUAUUUUAACUUUGUAAUCUAUGGCUCUGUACUGUUGAAAGGCUCUCAAGUCUAUGGGGUCUCCUUAGUAUGUAUGUGACUUUUCAUGUUGCAAUAUCACACAGAUGGGAUGGCCCAACUUUUGCUCUUAAUAAACAAUCCGAAUGAGUAAGAGA